UUUUAAUUUAUCGUUUGAUUUGCCAGAGCCAACUUUGGUUUUGUCUCUGUUUUUGUUAUUUUUUGUUAACUGUGUGCGUUUUUGGUUUAGUUUAUCUUUUCAAUAGUAAAAGAAUUAAAAUUUUCAAAAGAAAAACGUAGCCUGAAAAUGGUGAAAACAAAAAAAAGUGUCGAUGCAGCAGCGAGGCCCAGCAGUAGCAGUGAUGAUUCCAAUCAGAAUACAUCCAAAAGAAAAUCUAAAACGCCCGUUAAAAAACGCAAGACACAAAGGGUUGUAUUCGAAGUAUAUCCAGGACGGCAGCAUGCAGUGAGCAAAAAAGUUUGGAAUGAAAUAAAACACCUGCAAAUGACCACCUUCAACUGCAUCCCAAAGGCACCUUUCGCAAGAUUGGUACGGGAGAUCAUGCAAAACACUGUUGAAGGAAGACAAGACUUCCGAAUUCAAAUGGAAGCAUUGGCGGCACUUCAUGACGCCACUGAGUAUUAUAUAACAACGUUGUUUGAGCAUUCAAAUUUGUGUGCCAGGCAUGCCAAAAGAGUAACUCUGGCGCCCAAAGAUAUGCAGUUAGUUUUACAACUAAAGGGACCGACUGACCCUGGAUUUCCAUAGCUUGCUGUGUGUGUGACUUUAAUGUUAUUUUUUUAUAGUUUAACUUAAUUUUGACUGC